AUGAGAAGAAUAGAUGCUGAAAGACUAGAGUAUGUUGACUCCAUCGCAAGGAAAUUUCAAGCUGAAGAGAAUGCUAAAGCUGCUAAGAAAGAGCAAAAUAUCAUCACUCAGAGAGAAGCUAUUAGAGAUAUAAGAGGUGACGGUACUACAACCGGCACCAGAUCUAAACGAAUGCCAACCAAUGAUGAAAACCCAAGGCCAACUAAAAGAGGCGGAGGCCGAAGCGGCGGUGAUCGCGGAGGCCGAAGCAGCGGUGAUCGCGGAGGCCGAAGCGGCGGUGAUCACAGAGGCCGAAGUACUGGUGAUCGCAGAAGCCGAAGUACUAGUAGCAAUCGUGGUGGGCGAACUGGUGGAAGUGGUCGUGGUGGACGCGGUCUUCCUCCGUUCCAAAACCUGCUAACUGGUGAAGGGAUGAGUGGUGAAGGAUUCACCUAUCCAAUUGAUCCUCGAGUGAAAAGGGAAGGCCAAUAA